UGCUACUAUGUUAGUCAUGUAAUUUACGAACACCAGGAACCGUAGCACAUUGGACACCGGUUAGCUAUCGAGAGCAAAUACGUGCGGCGUAGUGACUGGUUUGUUGUUGCUGAAACUCGUGAGAUACACGAAAUUAAUUGUUGGACUUCGUCAGUUGUGUUUAGAAGUGGUUUUUUAAUUUGUACGAUUGCAAUGGCACGCCGUAAAAAUGCGAAACACGCCGAUGCAGAGGUUGUAGAGAAAAUCGCCGAAGCCGCCGGCGAUGCGUCGCCCCCGAAAAGAAAAAAAACCACGGUGAAAACGACAAAUAAAAGUGACGAGGAGAAACAAAUUAGAUUGCCAAGAGCGGCGAAAUCAGCGAAAACCGAGCAGAUUGAAACCACGGACAUGACUUCUACCGUAAAUAAGAACGCAAAGCCGAGAACCAAGACAGCAGCUUCCAAAAAUGCUUCGGUGCCUGCAAAAACAAAUUCAAAAACUAAAUCCGUGGCGACGAAGAAGAAUAAAGAAGCAGAGGAAAAAGCUGAUCCGAACGCAGAAACGUUAAAAAAUUCCGAAGAUACCGAGGUGAAAAAGACUCGCACAAAGGCUGCGACGAAAAAGGCGGGAAUGGAAGUCGACGAAGAGCCCAAAGGAAAGCCCAAAGCAAGAGCCAAGAAAGGUGCUAAUGAAAACAUGGAUGCAGAAGUACCGACCGUGAAGAAAAGAAAGCAAGCAAAUGCCGAAGCAACACCAAAGGAAAAUAAAUCAAAGGCACGGGUGAUGAAGAAGAAAAAUGAAGCAGAUGGUAAUGCAAAAGGUAAGGUCGUUGAUAAAAACAAAAUUUUUAAUGGUAAUAAGACUGAAAAUGAUAUUAAUAAAACAGAAGAGUCGGCUAAAGCUGUGAAAGCAACGAAAAAAACAAACGAUGAUAAAAGUACAAAUCCUACUGGAAGAAAAACAAGAGGUCGUAAAAAUGAAGCUAGUCCAGAGGAAUCCAAAGAUGACGAAGAGUCGAAAGUAGUGGGAGAAUCAUUUUCUGUAGAACUAGUACAAGCUAGCAAUAACGAAAAUGAAGAUGUAGAAAAUAAUCGUUCAGAGGGAAUGGAAUCGGCUCAAAUGUCAAAAAAGGGAAAGAAUGUAAAGAAGAAGGAAGAAACUGUACCGCCAAAGAGAGCUGCCAAGGCUCGCGGUAAAGCUGUUAAUCGCAAUGCGGACAGCGUCGCUGUCGAAGAUGAUGUAGAUGCAGCGAAAUCAGAUGUCAGUGACAAAGGAGAAGAUUCUGAUGCUGAAGACACAAUUAUAAUUAAGACUGAAGUAAGAGAACAUGGAUAUUGUAGGGUGAACAACAUAAGAGCAUUCCAUCAGUUUUUGACAGUUUAAAUUGUUUUUAAUAUUAGAAUGCCAGGUGUUUCUCGAUGGUAUAUCGGAAACAGAUAUUUGUCGAACAAGAUUCGUUUCAUUUAAAAGUAUAAGUAAAAAAAAAGUUAUAAAGUAUUUAAAUAAGAAAAGAAUGUGAUAUAAUAAAGCAUACUUUUUAAUAUUAUA